UACGCUUUGUUACCAAGAUCCUGCAAAGGAGUGUAAACACUAAAUUGAAUCUAGAGGAUCUCUUGUAAAAACUGGAACUGAUCGCUGUGAGGUCCGUGAUUUCUUUAUAAAGGACACUACUGAUCAUCUAAGUGACCGCAAAAAAUAGAGAGUUGAAAGACGCCAGCCGAAAGAAAGCGUUAAGUGAGACGGAAGACAAGCUGACACACGAACAAGAGAAAGUAAAAGAGAAAGAGCAAGAACUCGAUAAAUUACCAAGUCAACUGAGUGACAAUACACAACAGCUCGGAAAUCUCCAACGACAGUCGCAAAAAUCGAGGCUCUGUUGUUCACAAGAGUGCGAGCAACUGCAGAGCAAAAACCAGCACUUACACGACACAGGAGAGCUAUCGAAGGCAGUGACACAGCAGCUCACAGAUGUCCGAGAACAGUUACAGAUUGAAAAAAGAGAAAGAACAGUUCUACAGGGUGAAAUUUCCAAAUUGCAGGGAAAACUAAAAGCGAAAGAUCAGGAAAUAGAUGAACUGGAGCAAACUCUUAAAGCCGCACAGAAAGAGAUGAAUGAACUUCAACGGGAAGAAAAGCCUGACUGGGUGAUUCCACGUGAUCAAAUUCAGCUGACAGACUCAUCGCUUGGCAAAGGUAGCUGGGGAUUUGUUAUCGAGGGCAGGUAUUGUGGCUGUGCCGUAGCUGUGAAAAAAAUGCAUGACUUGAUUCUAUCUCCCCACAACAUCAGUUUGUUUGAGAGAGAAAUGAAAAUUGCUUCAAGAUGCCGUCAUCCUUGCUUGUUGCAAUUUAUUGGAGCAACUAACGAUUUUGAUAGUCCUUUAUUUGUAACAGAGCUUCUGGAAAAAAGUCUACGAGUGCUCUUGAAUGAGCGCUCCCUUCGUCGAGAUGAAAUAUUCGUUAUUUCUUUAGAUGUCGCUCGAGCACUAAAUUACCUUCACCAGAAAGAGCCCUCCCCCAUCAUUCACCGUGAUAUCAGCAGUGCGAAUGUGUUACUUUGGCAACAGGGCAACCAAUGGCGUGCCAAAGUGUCUGAUUACGGUACGGCUAACUUUAUAGAGCAGAUCAUGACAGCUAAUCCUGGGGCUCUGAUAUACAGUGCACCUGAAGUAUCUACCAAGAAUCAAACAGAGAAGUUUAUUGGAGCAUCAAUUGAUGCAGAGGGUCUUCUAUUAAUCACAGAGCUUAUGGACCGUAGUCUACGAUCGCUUUACGAAGAGCAGCCACUUCUCAAGAGAGAAGUCUGCAUUAUUUCGGUAGAUGUUGUACAAGCUCUUAACUACCUACACAAGAGUUUGCCCCAUCCCAUUAUUCACCGCGACAUCAGCAGUGCGAAUGUGCUGUUGUGGCGACAAAAUGACCAAUGGAGAGCCAAGGUAUCAGAUUAUGGGAAUGCUAACUAUGUUCGUCAGAGUCGAAAAGACGGUCCUGGAUCUGCGGUUUACAGCGCACCGGAGGCCACGGAUGAUUCAACUAAACAAAAUAUUAGCUGUAAGCUUGACGUCUACAGUUUUGGUGUGCUCCUAUGCGAAAUCUGUAUUAGCGAAUUUCCUGAUCCUGAAAGGCGGCAAGAGCAAGUGACCAAGGCUGUAAAUAGCGAAUUUCGAGAUCUUUGUGAACUCCUAAUACCGAAGUGUCUAAUAGAAGAACCUGAGGACAGACCGGAUAUGGAAGAGAUAAUUGAUGGACUGGAGGCAUUCCAACGUAAUCAUAAAUUACAAUGA